AUGAGUGGAGACGGCGACUACAGCAAAUACGAUUUGGCUCGCCUGCAGGCCGAACUUGAGCAAGAAAGAGAACUUAAAGAAAUGCUGGAGGAGUCCGUGUCUGAUCUGCGGAGCACCAUGUGUGAACUUCAAGAAAGAUUGCACAGUGUUGAUGGGGAAGGAAAUGAGUGGAAGACUAGAUUUGAGACACAGAUAGAGCUCAAUGGACAGUUAGAAAGACAGAUCUCACUCAUUCAUGAGAGACUGGAGGACCUACAAGGAAAGCCCAUGGAUCGAUUGGCUUCUAUCCGAUCUUAUGAUGACAUGCCAGUAGAUACACUGAGACAGCGCUUGAAACUCCUGACCGAUGAAAAGUCUGACCUCCAGAGUCAGCUGAUGGACUGUCAUCUCAGGAUCGAACAAGAGGGAAAGGCAUUUCAUAAAACCAAUGAUGAGAGGCGGGCAUAUCUUUCCGAAAUUUCUAAGCUGUCCUCCACUCUUGAUGCCCAAAGAAGACAAUACUCCACUCAGCCACAGAGGGUGAUAGAGAGCAAACAGAGGUCAGUGUGA